ACUUCACUGCAUGCAAGUGAGAGAGAGAGUCAUGUGACUUGAGGUCCACCAAUCAGAUCAUGGGAUUGCUGUGCAGCAGCACCACCGCGGGAGCUGUGACCUCGGAUACCUCAGAUAUGCGACUGACAGGCCGUUACCACGGAGAUCACCAUUGUGAGUGCGUCAGACACCUGAACCUUUGACUACCUGACUAAAACCACGUAGAUACUACAACAACCACUACUAGACAGACAAAAGUGUCCAUCGGCAAAGGCUGAAGUCGGUAAGGUGGCGGAGAGGCCAGUUCUUUUCCCUCCUGAGCGGGACACAUGGCUUCAAACAGCAUCUUCGACACAUUCUCCAGCUACUCGCCCAGUUUACUGCGAGACCCGAGCACGAGCAGACGGUUCACGCCGCCCUCCGCCUCGUUCCCGUGCGCUAAAGUGACCGAGAGCCCGAGCAUGAGCGCACCGGGUCCGCUGCGGACCGGGCGGCCGCUGGAGAGCCGCACCGUGGUGGACGUGCUGGCGGAUCACGCCGGAGAGCUGGUGCGCACCGACAGCCCGAACUUUCUCUGCUCGGUCCUGCCGUCUCACUGGAGGUGCAACAAAACGCUGCCUGUGGCUUUUAAGGUGGUGGCUCUGGGUGACGUUCCUGACGGGACUCUGGUCACGGUGAUGGCGGGAAAUGAUGAGAAUUAUUCCGCGGAGCUGAGAAACGCGUCUGCCGUCAUGAAGAACCAGGUGGCGCGAUUCAACGACCUGCGCUUUGUGGGCAGGAGCGGCAGAGGAAAGAGCUUCACUUUGACCAUCACUGUGUUCACUGGACCACCCCAGGUCGCCACAUACCACCGCGCUAUCAAAGUCACCGUGGACGGACCUCGAGAACCAAGACGUCACAGAGUGAAGCCGGACGACGCUCAUAAGCAGUUCACAGAUCGCCUAAGUGACAUCGAGCGUUUCCAGAGGGCCAGUCUGAGGAUGAACCCUGGCAACGGGACCACCCGCUCCCACCAGACCCAUUACAACCCCUCCAACACCACACCGAUACCAGCAUUAUGGCCAGAUCAGAUUGACCCUCCUGCACUGAAGACUUGCAAAGUGGAAGACGACUUACGCUGGUCAAGUACGGAUCUGUUCCCUCAGAGGUCGUCUUUCCCGUCUCUCUCUCCAUUAACGGCUCCUCGUUUCUCUGAUUCACACAUGCAUUAUCCGGGUCCCUUCACCUACUCUGCCAACCCGUCCAGCACUGGAAUCGGUGGUCUCAGCGUGGCGGGGAUGCCCACCUCCAGCCGCUACCACACCUACCUUCCGCCUCCAUACCCCGGCAACCAGAACCAGAACUCCCACUUCCAGACCAACUCUUCACCGUACCACCUGUACUACGGCACUGGAUCCGGCUCCUACCAGUUCUCCAUGGUUCCGACCGGCGGCACCGGAUCAGGAGGCGACAGGUCGCCCACCCGCAUGCUGACGUCCUGUACUGCAGCUGGCGGAGCUGGAGGCACCGGGGGCGGAAACAACAGCCUGCUCAACGCCAGCCUCGGCAACCAGAGCGACGGCGUGGAUGCCGACGGUAGCCACAGCAACUCACCCACAGCAAUGAGUGCAUCGACACGCAUAGAUGAGUCCGUCUGGAGGCCUUACUGAGAAAUAGUGUGAAAUAGUGAGAAAGAGUUUGAAAUUAAGAGAAAAGGUGAAAAGUCUUGCAUGUUUGAUCGUUUUGUUUCUUCGUCCUUCUAUGGCAUGUCAAUCGCUUCUAAGACAACCAAAAUGAUCCAAUGACCAGAAAUGAGAGAGCUUUUGCUCUGGACGCUCCAUACAGGACAGAAAUGGACCUCCGUUGAUCAAAACUAAAGUUAGUUGUAUAUAGAAAGAUUAUAAUUGAAAAAUAAUAAGAAAAGGCAUCCUAUAGUAAUAUAUCAGCAACUUUUCUUACUAAAAAAGCUGAAAAACCAAAGGAAAAAAAAGGCAGGUGCUUCAUGGACAUAUUCUGAUGAGCCUGUCUCAGAAAAAAAGCCAAUUCAUCCAGCCUUACAAACCAAUCUGCCUGAAAGCUGUAAUUCCCAGAGUGCUUUGCAAUCACAAGGACGUGUCGUGCUAACAAUAUGAAAGAGCUUCACAGAGCUGCAGGACUGUGGGACUUUCAGUGUGUAAAUAUGAUGAUAAACAAAAAUGCUACCCACAAGUUUCAGGUACUUUCCAAACUUGCUGAAAUAGUCUUGAAAUGAUGAGAUGUGAUCAUAUAAUGCAAGUGUGGGUCAGUGUGAGCUUUGUGAGAUGUUAUGCCAGUUGGUUUUUUCAUUAAAACGGUUUAUAUGGUGAAUAUCACAAAACCUGUCAGGAACAUAUUCAGGUCAUAUUUAAUAAGAAAUGAGAAAUUAUAUUUUGCAUGAAGAAAAUGAUGCUUAAAUUAGAACCAUUCAUUUUGCAUUUGCAUUGUUAUGCUGUUUUCAUCACAUUGAAGCACAUUUGACCCUUACAUUCUUACUAUUGUAAUGCAAAAAAGUUUUCUCAUUACUGUAAUGUAAAAAAAAAAAAAAGGAUUUUAUUUCAUUUGCAAAUCUUUUAAAUUUACAUAAAUAUAGGCAUCAUGUUCGUUAUGCAAAAAUAUUUUUUGCUUUGAUUUUAGGGUGAAAUGUGAUCUGGAUGUGUUUUCGUGAGAUUCACCCUUUAGCUGUGGGUUCUCGAUUUGAGUCUACAACCCAAAGACAGACCGGCGUUUAAUUUUUUUUGUUGUUGUUUUUUUUUUUUUUUUGCUUCAUUCCAAUAUCACAAACAAAUUAUUUGCCUUUGAACUUGUGGAGACUCGUCGUUUUUGGAAUAGUUUUUAGAGUCUUUGUUUGCUUUUUUCCUCAGUGUUGAUCGCUCUUUUUUUCAGACCAUUGGUUUGUUUGAGCUCAGUUUUAUGGUUUGUGUAUUUUUUUUUUUUUUUUUUUUUUAAUUUAUUUGAGCCAAAGAGGAUGUGUUUCCGGGUCACAAACAUUUUUUUUUCCUACUAUUUUCUUUCUUUUUUUUGGAUUUCUUUGUUUUAAUAUAAAAUUGGAAGUUG